AUGGCUCCUCUGGAUGGUGGUGAGACGGCGAAGUCUGUUGAAUCUGCCCCCACAGCAGAGGAACUUAUAGCUAAAGGGAAGCGGGAUUUAAUUUGCCUCGAGAUUAGUAGUGCGGUCGAGAAUUUUCAGAAGGCCUGCGAGUUGAUGUGAGCAUUUCCAAAUCAUUUAUUUUUCUCAUAAUUCCUUUAUCAGUGCUUCAGAACACGGAGAUUUUCACGAAAGCUUGGCCACACCUAAUCUCUUGUAUGGUACGGCUCUGUUGGAGCUCGCAAGGUCAGAAAACCAUAUCCUAAGCGAGGCUGUCGGAAACGCAGAAUCGGAUGAAUCUGAUAGUAAGUCCUGGACGUCCUGUAUUUCCCUAAUUAUGCAAACAUAGGCGAGGUGGAUGAAGACACAGAAGACGAUCCCCCUGAGGCUAAAAAUCCCCCGGAGGUGUUGACUGGGGAAGCUAAGGGAAACACCCAGACCAGAGCCACGGAGAACACGAAUGGGGAGAAAGGUGCCUCGUUACCGGUUGGAAAUGUCGUUCAGGAAAGUCGUGAAGGAUCUACAACCGAAAAUGGUGAGGUCGCCAACGAUUCUGAUGCUGUUCGCGUUGAGGUACUUUGUUUUUCUUUUAACUUUGGAGUCUGGUGCACCUGAGCCUAGUUGUGCUGCUGAGAAUGAUCUGCCCGAAAAUAAGGAGGCCGACGAGGACGUGUCUACUCUCCAGCUUGCCUGGGAAGUUGUCGAAGUUGCUAAGGCACUUUUCCGCAAGCAUACAGAUAGCGAACAUCAAUUAAAAGUUGCUGAUUGUCUUGAGAAGCUCGCAGAAAUCAGCUGCGAGAAGGAGGACCAUGAACAAGCGAUCAACGAUCUCUUGGUGUGUACUCUUCCCACUAUUUUAUUUCCUAGGAAUGUCUCGAGAUAAGAAUGAAACAUGCAGGCGAGAACGAUAGACUCAUUGCGGAAACUCAUUUUCAACUCGGUGUGACGUACUCCUUGUUAAACAACGUUCAUUCGUCCAACGCGUCUUUUGCCACAUCACUUGACUACCUCAAUAAACAUAAAUCUAAAUUGCUUGCAAGUUUGGAGGCACAGGAAACAGAAACGGAUUCAGGUAAAGCUGACGCCCACAGGCUAGAAUUGCAAACAAAGGAGAUCACGCAACUCAUAAAGGAAGUCGAAGAAAGGCAGAAGGAGAACUCGGACAGCUCAGCCUGCCAAGACGUUAAAGGAGAUAUAGCACCCCCGAAACCUCUAAACAACGUUCCCACCAGUGACGUUACGCACCUCAUCAAGAAGAAGAGGCCUGUUGAAGGUCCCGAAGGCGAUCUCAAAAAGCCUAAACUGGAGAUAAUGGAGAGCAAUUCGGCUAGCAGCGCUCCUCUUGUGUAA